AUUUUCCUAUAAAUAACCGUUCACUUUCAGCGUGGGUUUUCUGCCGCGUAGCAUAAACUCUCACUCUCUCAAAUUUCCCAAUUUUUUCUAGCAGAAAAGCAAAAAUUAAAAAAAUGCAGGCACUGGCAAAGCUGUGCAAGAAUCUCCCUCGCCCUCUCUUUCUCCUCGCUCCGAGAACCUUAACCACCUUAUCUUCUUCUUCUUCUUCUUCUUCUAUAUCGCACUCACUAACCUCACCGGGCUGUGAUUCCACCAUCACCCACAGCACCAACACGUGUUUCACCGGAAGAACUCUGCUUCGCUCUCCUUGGUCCGCCAUUCAACAACGCGGAGCCGUCGUCCACGGCGGCGAUGUAAAACCUGGAAAUGUCAUUGCAAGGAAUGAUCGCAUUUACCAGGUGUUAAAGGCGGAUCAUUCACAUGAAGGAAGAGGAAAAGCGGUUGUUAAGGUGGAGGUUCGUGAUGUUGACUCGGGGAACAAGACAUCCUUACGAUUGUUGACGGAUGAGCAAAUUGAUAAAGUAUUUGUUGAAUCAAAAACUUACAUUUACAUGUGCACAGAUCGUGAUGGCAUUGUAGUAUUGAUAGACCCUGAUACACUUGAUCAACUCGAUGUGCCUGAGGACUUGUUUGGAAAGAAGGCUAAAUACCUACAAGAGGAAAUGAAAGUGACAGUGGAGCUGUAUAAUGAUAAACCUUUAUCCGUUAAAGUUCCAAAACACGUGACAUGCGUUGUCAAGGAAGCACAAAAUCCUGUGAGGGGGACUGCACAAGCACCUAAGGAAAUAUUAGCUGUGAUGGAAAACGGCUUCACUGUCAAAGUACCACCUCACAUUGUAGAAGGUGAAGCUGUGGUGGUUGACACCGAUGACGACUCUUAUGUUAAAAGGGCCAAGCCAUAAUGCUUAAUAGCAUUGCUUCAAUUGGAUGGAGAGGUGGAAAUUCUAUUGGCCACUGUUUAAGAUGAGUUGCUCAGCUUCAUGAUAAUUUUUACCAUCUUGAUGUAGCUGAUUCAAAGUGAUGUACAUUUACUCGUACAACAUAGUUUGGCAGCGGAAAUGAUACCGCUUUUUCAGCGGGAUGAUAGUUUUGCUCAUUGACUUGAUGAACAAUGUUUCUUGGUGCAGUUUAGUUUAUAAAAAAAGGAAAAAAGUUUCACAUUA